AAAGUCUGUGCAGCGCACGUUGCUUUAGACCAAGACCGCCGUCGUCCCGGAGAGCGGGAGAGAGCACGCAAGUCUCGCUCGAAGAAGCGUGUCGGAGAGUGUGGUGACAACGAUCACUGAUGUGCGCGCGCUGAGUACAAGUCAGCGGGGUUCGGGGUCGGGGUGUCCCGCAGCUGUAAUCGACGGAGUCCGCCGCGCGAGUUAACUAAUGGCGACGACGACGACGACGACGACGACUGCGACUUCGGCCGUACUGUGGAUGAGUAGCAGUGGAGUCACUGGCGCGGAUGGACGUGUUUGGUGUUUGAUAUUCUAGCUAAACUUGACCCGGGUUGUCGAAAGGUUCCCUUGCACGCGUGCAGCGUUUCUGCUUCUGUGCGGGUAUCAAGAACUUCGGGACGUAGAACUUCUCUUUCGCGUUUUGAACUCUGCGGAUCUGCGGCUUUGCGGUUUUUGAACGGAAGGUUGAAUCGAAUCGGUGAACUCUAUGGGACACUUCUGUUCGUGUUACCGAAGGGACAGCACCAAUGUAGAUCAUUGGCGAUCUAAUGCGUACUGAUAUUCUGUUUGCGGUUUCGGUCGAGAAACUGAAAAAGAUUACAAUUUCGGCGCUGACCGUAUGGAAAUUUUGCGUGUGCGAAACAGAGACGGAACAUAGGUUUAAUCGCCAAUUGGGACGGUGGAUCCGAACAAGAAGGCAGAGAGUGGGAAAGAGAGCGAGAGCACGAUAAGAGAAAGAAGCGCGAUGAACGUGGUUUGGACGAUUUGAAGGGUCAACGAAGCAGAAAGCGGUUAUGGGCCGGGGGAGGAAUGUUUAUAAAUUAAUAUUAAUUCAAUCAACAAGAACGAGUGCGACGAAGAACCUAGAAGAAGCGAGAUCAGUCAUUACAAGUCGGGAGUGCAGUUGAAAAACCGUGAAGUUCCUACGGUCCAAGAGGGACCAUGGUCUUGAAGUGCAUCUAAGCUAUCGGUCAGUGGUUGCAAUUGCGCUUGGCAUUCGUGAAGAAACGUUUGCGCAAACGUAGAAUACGCAAACGCAUCCCACGCUGUGCACCCAAAAGUGUCUCAUUGUUGUGUCGAGUGUGAAGGUGAGAUCGUUUUAUAUAUGGCUUAUGGAUCAUUCGGUGUGACAUAUGAACCACCCAAGUGCUGUUUCUGCAUAUCACAGUGACAUGUAGUGAAGCAAACCGUGCUUCUUCAAAAAACGUGAUCUAGACAGAACUGCACUCGCGUUCGCCUGGUCGUUUUUGUGAUUGCUUGCCGGUCAAACGAAAAUAAAUAAAAGAAAAAAAGUCCUACCGAAGAGAGAAUGAAUGUGAUUUUGUGUAGUUGUUAUUGUUAUUCAUAACCACCACCAGCAGGAGCAGCAUCAGCAGUGUAGAGAGAGAGCGCCGAUCGGGAACGGAUGCUGUAGGAGGAUCAUCUCUCAAGAUCAAUCUGGAACACCAAGGAAAAGUGUCGAGAGUGCAGCACUGAGAACCUGCAUUCGUUUGUUUAGAAACCGAAGCGUGCUUUCAACCGUCAACGUAAACAUUAGUCGCGGCGAACUGCAAACAGUUCAGAAUUUGCAAACAAUCAAACAUUGGCAAUUGCAACACAGCAACGAGUAGCAACUGGCGCACGCAAUCGACUGCUCUUCCUAAACGGGAGCACCUACUAACUACACUCGGCCUGUUGGUUCCAUUUCAACUUCACAAGCUUUAACCGUUCAAGUUGAAGAUAUUACCCGGAUUCGGAGCCCGUCGGCAAACAACUCACCGACGUUCAUCGGCAUCUGAAUCGGCGUUACGAGCACACGUGUCGAAAAAUUGAAUAUUUUCGCAACAAAAAGGCUCAUCAUAUUAACCACCACCCCAAACCCGACCCAUCUAACCCAAGUAGUUCAAGUUGAACAGUGCCGUAAGUCCGUGUCUGUGUAGUGUAAGUGUUUGUCGUUCUUCACUUAGCCGUUCAUAAAUAUAUCUGUGUCUGUGAGUGUAUCUGUUAGUGUUAAUCUAAAAGCAGCAAAGCUUUUGUGGACUUGUCCCCGAAAAUAAGGCAACGACGACGGAGCCACCAAAUUAAAGGGUAACACAUAACUACACAACGCUGGAACUUUAGUUGACAACCGACUAAGACGGGACGGAAGAAGUCUGACCUCAGAAGAAGAAGACGAGGAAAGGGGCAAAGGCGAGUCUCAGUGUCAGCAGUGGCGAAUAAUGCUGAUUUAUAACAAUUUUGCCGUUAUUGAGUGAAACUGCUCGUUAGUGAGGGAGGACUCUGUUGGAAACGUGAACUGCAUUGCAGCGAAGAUAUGAAUAAUAACAUAGUGUAGAGGGAUCGGUGAGGGGUAUACCAAGGAUAUCGGAAGAAAGAGAGGGUGGAAAAGUUUCUUUAUUGAAGGUUGGCGGUGAAAAGCUUGAGCGCGGGAUUGACGGAAGUGGAAGAAAGAGCACAAGGAGAGAGGAAAAGAAAUGUGUCGGGAAAAGUCCGAAGAAAGGCAAAUCAAGUGAAGCUCAGCCAGGAAGAAAGAGAAGAUUAACCGAAGAAAAGGUGCAGGGGUGCGAAAGAUGCCGUUGAAGAGGUGAAAAAGUGGUUUUGGCAGAAAGUGGAAGGAGGAGAUAGUCAGCCAGUUAAGUGUGUGGCUUUGUGAGGCCCCUCGGUGUGUGUGUCGCUCCGUGUAUACGUUUUGAUGCCAUUAUUACAGACUACAUUAUGGAAAAUUAUAGCUAGAGGAGUGUCAUUCGCGGUGACGGCGCUCGAAAAGGAAACAAAAGAAGGAUAAACCGUUCACCUGGAAACCGAUCGCAGCCAGAUCCCCCGAAAGCACUCUGGAAGCUGGAGCACUGCGAGAUUCAACCAACAAACAAUUCUUCCCAUCGUCACUGAAGAUCCACCGAAUCGCCCAUCGUUGAAUGACAAUCGUCCAGAAAUCCAGUAGCUUCCGUAAGUCUCACCGGCGUUCGUCUCUUCUACCCACAGCCGUCCUGGACCGGAUCCGCUUCUUGCACUGCCCGCAGCCCGCCGGGCCACGCAUUGACCUUCUUCGCCUCGAGGCACCCACGGAACAGCUCGAAUGUACCACAAGGCACCAGACGGCCACCGCGGAGUAGAUGUGAAGCUGUUGGCCGAACUGGGAUAUCUAGCGGAACGGUUACGAAACCACGAACAGCGCUGGGAGCUGGCCGAGCUGAAAGAUCUCCACAAGCGGAUCGUACUGAGCUUCGAUGAGCUUCCGUUGAAUGUGGUCCAGGCCUCGGUGGACAGUCAGCUACGACCGGUCCAGUCGGAACUUCACGGGCGCUCCCAGCUGCAGCAGGAAGUCGAACGAGCGGCGGAAGCGUCGCAGAAAGUGGAAGCCACCAAAAGGCAGCAACGUCUGCAACGAAUACAACAAUCCACCCAACCGAGUCCAUGUGACGACGUCGACCAUGCCAAAUUAGUGCAAUUAGAGGACUUUCUCAUCUCAUUCUACCGCAGUUACGCCGAAACACGCAAAGUUAGCCCCAAGUGCAAAAAGACCAAGAAACCACGUAACGUGGCCACCAAAGACAAGGUGUUUCCCUUUCUGCCAUCAUCUUCAUCGCGAUCAUCAAUAGCGUCUUCAUCGAGUUCGACCGAGGCCGGACCUCGAGAACAGUGUGAUAGCCAGUGUGCCACGGCCACCGCCAACGACGACAAACAGCCAAAGCAACUCCACCCGGAACAAUCAUUCAAUACAUCGCAGGCCGAUCGUACUAUGAACCAGGAUCGCGAACCCGGAGAUCCAAACUCAGUAGUUGUUGAACCCGCACAAGCCACCGACAAACCAACGUCUACGUCUGCGUUGAACGACGAGGACGAAGCGCAAACCAGUGCCACCACAAUCGACGACAAUCAAAGUGAUGCCAAACCAAUCGACAGCCCCAGUCCUGGUGCCGGAAGCUGUUCGACGACGCCGCAGCGAUCAAUCGCGCGACCCACCCCGGAUAGCACAACCAAAGACGAAGACGAGGACGCAACGACGACAACCACGACAACUACAACCUCUCCCAAUCAGCCAACCGUAGUCAAUGUCGAGGAAGCGGAACCGCAGGAUCAGAAACGUCCCUCCCUGGAUGCCCCAACGUCUUCCUCCAUCACGGCACCAAGGCCCGGAAUGGCUUCGGGAUGUGGCGAUGGCGAUAGCACGGAACCGGACGAGGAGGAAGACGACGACGAUGAUGACGAUGGCCGUUGCGGCGGAGGUUUCGGGGUGGAUGCUGUCGAGCGAAACAAGCUGCGGAAGAGAAUCUCGGAGCUGGCGAACAACUUUGCCAGCGCCAAGCAGUUUCAGCAGAUGUGCGACAAUAUCGAGGCGAUCAACGACGUGGAGCUGAGGGCGCUGAUCCGGGAGCUGAAGCGCAAGAUCGACUUUGCCGAGCGGAUGAAUUGGUUGUGUCUCAGCAGCCGGCCUCGGUGUCCUCCGCACCGGAAGACCAGCCUGCCGAAGCACUCGGACGUGAAGAAGCGCUUCCUGGAGAUUGCGGACACGACACUGCCGGACGAGGUGAAGGCCGCCCUCCGGCUGCCGGCGUUCGAUUCCUACGAGUGGGAGGACUGGGACGUGAUUCACCUCAUGCAGACCAUGUUCGUCGAGCUGAACCUGCUGGAGAAGUUUCAGAUCCCGCGGGAAACGCUGCGGGAGUGGCUGUACGAGGUCUACAAGCACUACAACGACGUCCCGUUCCACAACUAUCGGCACUGCUUCUGUGUGGCGCAGAUGAUGUACGCCAUCACCUGGCAUACGAAUCUGGUGCAGCGACUGGGCGAAUUGGAGGUGCUGAUCCUGCUGGUAUCCUGCAUCUGCCACGAUCUGGACCAUCCCGGUUACAACAACAUCUACCAAAUCAACGCCAGGACCGAGCUCGCAUUGAGAUACAAUGACAUUUCUCCGCUGGAGAAUCACCACUGUUCGAUUGCAUUUCGACUGCUGGAGCAUCCGGAUUGUAACAUUUUCCGCAACAUGAGCAAAGACUUGUACAAAGACGUCCGUGAGGGCAUCAUCCGUUGCAUCCUGGCCACGGACAUGGCCCGUCACAAUGAAAUCCUAACACAGUUCCAAGAGGCUACCCCCGUUUUCGACUACAACAAUAAGGUUCAUACGAAUUUGCUAUGCAUGGUGCUAAUCAAGGUGGCGGACAUCUCUAACGAGGCCCGCCCCAUGGACGUGGCCGAACCGUGGCUGGAUCGGCUACUGCAGGAGUUUUUCGCUCAAAGUGCCGCCGAAAAGUCCGAAGGCCUGCCGGUGACGCCCUUCAUGGACCCGGACAAGGUCAGCAAACCGGGUAGCCAGGUGCGGUUCAUCGGGUUGGUGCUGCUGCCGUUGUUCGAAGCCCUCGGCGAACUGCUGCCGGAGUUGACCGAUCUGAUCAUCACCCCGGUUCGGGUGGCCUUGGAUUACUACAAGAAGCUGAACGACGUGGCGACCAGGGCGCGCCGUUCCAUUGCCGAGGCGGAGCAAUCGUCGGAGAACAACAGUACGGCUACGACGGGAACGACGGGAACUGCCACGGCCGGAACCGGAGUCAGCAGUGGAACGACUACGGGCGGAACGGGAACCGGAUCGGGACCGGGCACGGCAGGACUGGGAACCAGCUCAACCGGGUCGCCUCAGUUGCCACGGUCGCAGAGCGGCAUCAGCGUCAAGUCCAGACGUAGUAUCCCCUCGCAAACAUCCGCCUCUAGAAUCUCUGUUGAUGAGCCUAUUUUAAUUACAGCCGAGCUGCACGACCUUCCGGAGGGCAGUGAGAGUGGAGACUCGGAGACGGCCACCGAAGUGGAUGUUGCGGAGAAAACGUCCCGCUUCAAGGUGGACACCGAGAGUAGCCACCGGAAGCAAUCGCACCCGAGUUCCCGCAAGGGGAGCCGCGAGAAGCGCCCGUCGAUGAUCGGCGAGUACUACACGACAGGUACGCGCAUUCGUGGCUCCCACGGCAACAUUCAGCAUACUAAUCGAACGUAUUUUGGUUCAAAUCGUGCCAUUAGCUUAGACCAGUACAGUAACAGCCGCCGAAUGUCCGACGGCAUCCAGAUACAGACGGUGGUGUCCGAUAACAGUGUUUACUACCAUCAGCGGCAGCACCGUAGUCUGGAGCAUGAUUCCAUAGGCGGCGGUGGCGGUAUGUACUCUUCGUCGGACCGCAGCACCAGUCUGAACAGUAGCAAUGAGCAACAGCAGUUGCUGCAGCAAUUACAGCAGCACACGCAGCAACAACAGGGGCCAUUUCAAUCUAGUCACCAUGCGCAUUUUCACCAUCACCAUCACUACCAGCAGGCAGCGGCUGCUUUGCAUCAGCUGCGGGCCGUUCAAGACUGUGAGAACAUGAAUAUUAGCGUACCUUCGACGACGACGACGGCAACGGCUGCAGCGGCAACUUCGGGAAAGUUAUAUGCGAAUUUGAAUAACAACAACAACAGCAGUAACAACAACAAAAAUAUUGGCAAGAAGAUGAACUGGUGUCAGCAACAGAAGCUGGAGAAGAUAAGGAACGCGAGUAACAACAAUAACAAUGGAGGAAGCGCAGGAGAAGAAGCAAGUAAUUACGGAACAAGCGGUUCAGCGGGGAAAGGUGCCAGCGCAGGAAUCAAUGGAACGAAUGGGACUGCGUCAAAAUCAAUCAUAUCAAGACUGAGACAGCUGACGGGAAGGCUGAGCUUUAAUUUUGACUCGAAGGAAUCGAAAAAGCUCCAGUCAACGGCUGGAGGUGAUGUAGUAGACGGAGGUGAAUCGCUCCAGAUGGAUGGAUCGGGAAAAGGAGGCAACGGUGGUUGUCUACAGAAGAAGUCUCGUCUGCUGGAGAAGUCGAAGACUGUUGAUGUUGGGGGUUCGGUUGCGAUCUGUGGUGGAGGUGAAGGAUUGGGAGAGUACUGCUGUGCCGCCGGUGUAAUACUGAAUCAACCAAAAUCAAUAUCGCCUAUUCUUAUGCAACACCGGAACAGUGAUAUUAUAAGCUCGAUCAACACGGCGCGGAACCGAGCCUACAGCUUGGACGUACCGAUCGGUCGCAACUGUUGCCGGAGUUUGAGUGGUAGUACGGCCGGAGGAGGAGGUUCCAGUUGUGGAGGAAGUCAUAAGAGUUUGACGUUUUCGUUGAACAAAUCACUGAACGAGGAAGCGAACGAUACGACGAUAAGCUCUGGAGGUGGUGGCGGUGGUGGUUUACGCCAGCCACCGUUAGAUGACGCUACCAAAAGUGGUGGCAGCAUAAGCGAAACCAUUUGACAACACCCUUACGAACCAUCACUGCAGGGCAUCUUGCUGGCUUCGAGCUCACUUCAGACGGAUUCUCCAACACCACCGCCAUCGUCCAGGCAGUCUCAUCAGUUGUUACCAGCGAGCAGCAGCUCCGGCGGAAGUAACCCACAGCCACCACUUCUGCAGUACAAUCGAAGACAAUCUUCGCAGGACGGUUCAGGACCGGGUGGUGCAGCUGGAUGUCAACGGGCUCCCUACGCCGAAUCGGAGUCGAUUUCAUCCAAACACACUUCGGUAUUAGUCAGCUAUUGGGCUUGUCUAACGGAACGGAUGAGCUCACUGAUCUGCAAGUGCUGCGAGCGUACACUGCCCCCGGCGGAGAGCGUCUGAAAUCAGGGGCACUGAGGGGCGGUCGAAGCAGCUGGAGAGGGGUGCAGUGCUGUGAAUGGUUCGGGCGAGAAUGGGACCUUCCUCGAAGUAGGUUAUAUUCGAUAAAAUUAGCUUGAAAAUUUCGAUUGCAGCGCUCCUGCAAUUUUUAUAGAUUAGAGAAUAUACUAAACUAAGCAAAUUGACCAAAAAAAAAAGACAAGUUCAAAAAGUGUUUGAACCACAAUAAGGACGCGAAGAAUCAAUUGAAAUACUCAGUCAGUUUGGAACCAUCUUUAGCCAAUCACAUUUCGAAUGUUAAUCCGACAAAAAGCGAACAUAUCACUUUCUACUGUUCUAAUGACAACAAACACAUACAUUUAGCCAAAACGAAACGUCAAUCCGAAUUUAUGCACCUGUUUGACUCAUUCGUCGGUCCCACUAAAGCACUGAAACAAAGAUAGAACUCUGACUAUACGAUAUAGGCAUUACGGUGCAUGACGACAACUUAAGGCCCCGUAUUUAUCCAUUAGUGCACAGAAUCUAAACUUUUGAGCGAUCCAAUGACAAAACACAACCUCCUGGCUUUCGGUUCUACCGUUCGAAUAAAAGUACCUUAUAACGUG